UGUUCACAAUCCUCGAAAAAGAAGUAAGUCUAGCAAAUCUAACAAUCAAAGAGAGGAUUUUAUUCAAUGGUUUGAAACACGUCUCAUGGAUGAGGAAGUCUCUGAUUGGUUGAAGGCAUUGUCUAGGGGACCAAAUGAUAUUGCUAAAAGGUAUUCUGGUUAUGUUGUUAAUGGUUACAGAUUUCAUACAACAAAACGCGAAGCAAGGCUUAAAACACAAAACAGUGGUGUGACAUUAGAAGCGGUAACUCAAGUUCUUAGAAAUGCAAAUGAUGAAAAUCCAAAAACGACUUGUUUGACUUACUAUGGGGCAGUAAAAGAUAUCAUUGAUAUCGAUUAUUAUGGUCACAAAAGUUAUGUAUUGUUUAAAUGUGAUUGGUUUGUGGCUGAAGUUGACAAAUAUGGGUCACCAUGUGUUUACUUUAACAAAAAAUGCUACAAAAAUGAUCCAUUUGUGUUGGCAUCUCAAGUUCAGCAAUGCUUCUUUAUUGAAGAUCCUUUUAAUAAAAAUAGACACUAUGUUUUGAAGGCAAUUCCAAGGGAAACAUGUGACAUGGGAGAAUGUUUGAGUUCAGAUGGCCAAGAUUAUAAUAUUUCAACAAAUCUUGAUGUAUCAAAGGAUGACUGUGAAGUUGAUUUGGUUAGGGAAGAUGUACCAGAUGAAAUCUUUGAAAUACCUUUGUCAGAACUUCACAAACAAGAAAAAAAUGAGAGUUUUGAAAGUGAUGACGAGUCUACUGAUGAUUCUAGUUAUAGUAGUUGUUAAGCAAUGCCUUUUUUAGCUCAUCAUUGUAGCCAUAAUGGACAAUGUAAUUGGUACAAAAGACGGAGAAAAACCGGGCAGCAACUUGCAUCCUAGCUCCAGUCAGAAGUGACAUUUAAUGAUAAUGGUCAGCCUAUUGGGCCAACUGCAAAAGUAGUAGCUCGCUUCGGUCUUUUCUUGGGAACAUUGGCUAGGAACUCAAUUUGUCCUCUAAUUUACACAAAUUGGUCAGGAAUGCCAAAAAAGAAUAAAAGACGUUGCUGGAGAUAUUCUAAUCAGAAGCAUAUCUUGCCGGCUAAGGCACGAAGUUGGGUUGACAAAACUGUUAGAGAUGUAUGGAGAAGAUAUAAGCAUGAAAUUAAGAAGAGGACGACAUAGGUGAUGAACUUGAAGAGGACGACAUAGGUGACAAAGAGGAUGAUGAAAAUGAUAAUGAGUUGGAUGAUGUUGUUUUAGGAUUGAACUGAUACGAAUCAGGGUGUGGUAACGGAAGCAAACAACCAAUAACGAAGGUACUAGGUACCACCCUUAUUAGUCGAAUUCUAUUAAGUGUUUUAGGUGUUUGUUUGUUGGGUUUUAGCGAAAACAGCAAGGAAAUAAGCAAUGUUAAACUACACCAAUAGCCUAACACGAGAUUAGCACUCAACACCAAUUGAGCUAAUCGAACUAUUUUCAAGGCGACGCUUGCAAAUAAUC